UUUUAGAUUGUCUCCCAGAUUUUUCGAGCAUUAUAUUAGUCCAAAUUUUGAGCAUGUUAUUGACAACAUGCUGCGGUUGCUGUGGCUUAAGGUACGGCUGCUUCCUGGUUGCCAUCUACAUGGCCCUCACCUAUCUACUGCAGCUGCUGGCCCUGCUGAUGUACGGAUUCAUUGAAGAGUACGCCGAGAGCCAGAUCUUCUACUUGUUUCUGUCGCUGCCCUGCUGCAUCGGUGUGGCCGUGUCCGUAGUUCUGUUCGUUGGCGCCCUAAGGCAAAAGAAAAACCUCCUGUGUCCCUGGCUGAUAACCUUUAGCGCAUUUGCGAUUGUCUUUACAUUGAUGCUAAUCGGCAGCCUCAUUGCGGGCUUCAGCCAGGACAAUGUCGAGGACAAUCACAUUGGCUUGGGUUUCAUGCGACGUCCCCUCAUCCAGACAUUCAACCUGCUAGUGCAUCUAUAUGUCGUUUUGGUCGUCUUUUCCUACUACUUUGAACUGAAGAAUGAGAAUAUCUUUUGACCAAGUAGUCGAAUCAUCUUAA